AUGGCCGUGCCUACGACACCAGAAGGGCUUCCUCUGGACGAUCGUUCAAAUGCCAUCAAGAUACCACUUAUUGUAUUGAUUAUAUUCAGCUCCAUCUUCGUUGCAAUUCGACUGGGCAUCAAUUGGAGGAACAGGAAUUUCUUUCUUCUCACAGAUCAUUUGCUAUGGACUGGACAUGUAGUAGCUAUAGCAGGCGGUGCAUGCUGCUACAAAAUGGCUGAAUACGGUGGCGGAAAGCACGUCUGGGAUCCAUUCAUGACACCACAACGCCUGGAAAAACAACUCUACUAUGUUUGGCUGAGCCAGAUACUCAAUCUCUACGGAAUGGCACUGGUCAAGCUUAGUGUCUGCGCCUACAUUUUCAUGCUCGACUUUUCCAAGACCUUUCGCAUCAUGAUCUGGAUCUCGAUUGUUGUGCAUGUGGGGAUCAACUUUGUGUUUCCCACGGUGGUUUUAUUCGGGGAAUGCACGCCCUACUCCAAGCAUUGGGACGUGACGGGAACCAAGCCUGGUUCAUGUUGGGGAUCAGAGCCGAGGGUUAUCUCGGGCUACUCUGGAGCAGCAGUCAACAUUGCGACGGAUUUGCUGUACACAAUGGCGCCUUUGGUGUACAUUUCGCGGGUUCAGCUUUCGAAGCGCACAAUCUGGGGUGUCCGCGCAGUCUUUCUCUGCGGUCUUGUGACAACAACAAUCUCCGCAUUAAAACUACACGAAAUGAAGGCGCUGGCCAACACCAAAGACCCAAGCUUCGAAUCUGUCAACCUGAGCAUCUUUGCCUCAGCCGAAGUCUUCGUCGGCGCAUUCACCGCUUCACUACCCCCACUACGGAAAACAUUCGAAAACUUCUUGCGCAAGAUCCUUCCCACCAGCAUCACCGGCUCCUCAGGCAAAGGCUCAAAAGUAUCCCGUCAAAGCUACAUGCUCGACGACAUGGAGGCGCGGUCGACUGCCAAGUCCUGGCCGGGCAAACCGGAAACAGAUGGCGACAGCGAGUUGGGCAUACUACCCGAUGAAGGAAUCGCAAGGCCAACAAAUAGCUCCGACCAAGCAAUUACGAAAACCACACACGUCACCGUGACAGAAGACGACCGAAGCCGCACAUUUCAUGAUCCGCAAACAGGGCUCCCGCAAUGCCACUAUUUCGGCGGCAUACCUUACGCGCUCCCUGCGCAACGCUUCCAGCGCGCGAAACCGCUGCCGCCGUGCUAUCGCUACGGCACGCAGGUUAACCCGGGGGUGUUUGACGGCGCCUGUGGAGUGUGUCCGCAGCCAGCGUCUGGACCGGGGAAAGAGGAUCAAGUCGGAGAGGAAGACUGUUUGCAGUGUAAUGUUUGGGUUCCGAGCGGUGAGGUACCAGUGGGAGGUCAUUUAGGCUGGCCAGUGCUAUUUUGGAUUCACGGCGGCUUCCUCCAAUGGGGCACCCCCAACGGCCUCGAUCUCCGGUCUCUCCUCUCCGACUCGCCCACGCGCUGCAUAAUCGUAGCCCCCGCGUACCGCCUCAAUGUAUUUGGGUUCUUGGGUUCACGUCAGCUCGAUGACGCGUGCGGUGGCGGUAGCGGUAGCGGCGAGUACGAUGCUAACGUAGGGUUUUGGGAUCAGCGGCUAGCGCUGCAAUGGACUCACGAGAAUAUCGCGUAUUUUGGGGGUGACGCGGCGAAUAUCACGCUAGGUGGUUACUCGGCUGGCUCGCAUUCUGUGUUCCAUCAGUUGUCGUAUGACUUGGGGUUGCCCGCGAGCAAAGCGGUAGUGAAGAGGGCCAUGAUGCUGUCGAAUGGGCCGGGGAUGCAACCAAAGAGCUUGGACGAGGCGCAAGAUCAGUUUGAAGAGCUGAUGCGGGUUUUGGGGAUCGAUGCCGGAUUGGGGCCCGCGGAGCAGCUGGGGAGGCUAAGGGCGGUGCCGGCUAGUGAGAUUGUCAAGGCGAGUGGGAAGAUGAAGUUGCAUCAGUUUCGCGCGGUGACGGAUGGAGUGUUUGUUCGCCAUGGGUUAUUGGAAGAGCUGUCCAAUGGUGUAUACGCCCAACGAAUGAAGCGGCGCAAUAUUCAGCUCAUCAUUGGUGAGUGCAAAGACGAGCACUUCAUGUACGGGACUUGGCGCCCGCCUCAGCCAGGCUACACUUACAUGCUGCACCGCCUCGAAGCCGACUAUCCUCGGGAAGCUUGUAAGGUACUGAUGUCACAUUACUUUCCUGACCGGAAGCUUCCAUCGCGAUUUAAGAGCUGGCAGGAGGCGUUUGGCCACAUCUACGCUGAUGUGCAGAUUCACGCGCUACGACGGGGAAUGGUGAAUGCGCUUGUAGAACAUGGAGCCGGCAGUCUAAUUCACAGAUAUCGCAUCGAGUGGCGUGCACGGUGCGUGGACAAUGAGCUUCCCAGCCAUUUUGGCGUCACGCACGGGUCUGACAUUCCCAUCUGGUUCUGGGGCAAUGGCAGCGACUUGACUGAGGAGGAAAAGCAGAUUGCAGCACGGGCAUUUCAUCACCCGCUGAGUAAGUUUUUAAGGGGAGAGGAUAUGGAGUGGGGGACGGAGCAUGCGAUGCAAUUGCGGACGUUGAAGAGUGAUGGUCGGGUUGUAGUUGAAGAAGAUACGAGGAUCGAAGAAGGUCUCAGGCUCUGGGAUGCACUGAAGAAAGUUGGUGCGACGGGUGAGCCGAAGGAAUCAGCAAGGCUUUGA